CUUUCAUAGCAUGCUGGUUAUUUCAGAAAAGAAGUGAGAGCUACUCUGAGAAGACACCAUUUUAUUCACACUAAUUUAUAAUGAUUUUGGAGUGGCUGUCCAUUCUCAAACACAAACUUUUAAAUCUUGGACCUUUCCUGUAACAAUUUGUUACUGGAAUUUUCAAGUCUUUGUAUGCUCAGUUAAGGAUUUUGCCCUCUUUUUAUUUCUUUGAUUUUGGCUCAAAUGAUUAUGUUUCCUCUUUUGGGGAAGAUUUCUCUGGGUGUUUUGAUAUUUGUUCUGAUAGAAGGAAACCUUCCAUCAUUAACAGUACAAACCUACUUGGUUUUUGAAGAGAUCCAAGAAACCAAGAGUGCAGUUUCUUUUCUCCUGCCCAAAGAAUCUACAGAACGUUCUCUACCUACUGAGAAGCAGCAGCUUCUGGACCACAGAGAAGCUGAAAGACCUUGGUUCCUUAGAAGGCGGCGAUCUAUUUUGUUUCCUAAUGGAGUAAAAAUCUGCCCAAAUGAAAGUGUGACAGAGGCUGUGGCAAACCAUGUGAAGUAUUUUAGAGUUCGAGUGUGUCAGGAAGCUGUCUGGGAAGCCUUCAGGACUUUUUGGGAUCGACUUCCUGGGCGUGAGGAAUAUCAUUACUGGAUGAAUUUGUGUGAGGAUGGAAUCACAAGUGUGUUUGAAAUAGGCACCAAUUUUAGUCAGUCUGUGGAACACAGAAACUUAAUCAUGAAGAAAUUAUCUUACACAAAGGAAACCAUCAGCAGUUCCUGCAAGGACCAGGCCUGUGGCCCUGAAUCGUCAUCCUCAGUUCCUGUUGGUGAUACCUCUACAUUGGGAGGUACUGCUCUCAAUGUUCCACAUCCAGGAGUGGAUUCCUAUGAAGGUGCCUCAGAGAGCAGCUUGGAGUCCUCAGAGGAGAGUAUUAGCAAUGAAAUUGAGAAUGUGACAGAAGAGCCCACAAAACCAGCAGCUGAACAGGUUGCAGAAUUCACUAUCCAUCUUCUGGGAAAGCAAUACAAGGAAGAACUACAGGAUCCCUCCAGCUCCUACCACCAACACCUUGCAGAAGAGUUUAUUUCAGAGAUUGAAAAUGCCUUUACUGGAUUACCAGGCUACAAGGAUAUUCAUGUUCUUGAAUUUAGGUUCCCUAAGGACAAUGGCAGUGGUUUAGACGUUCAUUAUGCAGUUACCUUCAAUGGUGAGGCCAUCAGCAAUACCACCUGGGACCUAAUCAGUCUCCACUCCAACAAGGUGGAAAACCAUGGCCUUGUGGAACUGAAUGAUAAGCCCACUGCUGUUUAUACAAUUAGUAAUUUCAGAGAUUAUAUUGCUGAGACCCUGCACCAGAAUUUUUUGCUGGGGAAUUCCUCCUUGAAUCCAGAUCCUGAUUCUCUUCAGCUUAUCAAUGUGAGAGGAGUUUUGCUUCCCCAAACUGAAGAUCUAGUUUGGGACACCCAAAGUUCAAGUCUUCAGACAACACCUCCAUCUAUUCUGGACAAUACCCUUCAAGCUGAAUGGCCCUCAGCAGAUGAAUCUAUCCUCAUCAAUGCUUCACCACUUGAUUUCAAUUCCGGUCCUCCCUCAGCCACUGGAAGGGAAUUCUGGUCAGAAAGUCCUUUGGGCGAUUUAGUGUCUACACCUAAAUUAGCCGUUCCCUCGAAGGCAGUCCGUGGUUCUUCCCCGGAAGUGUUAGAGGUUAAUAGCUUGACUCUUCAUUCUGUCACCCCAGCAGCACUUCACAUUGGCUUGUCUGUGGCUUCUGAGGAGAGGACAUCUGGAUCCCACUUAUUAGAAGAUGCCAAUGUUGAAGAAUCACAAGAUAUUCUUUCUAUUGAUCCAUUGCCUUCAAGUUCAUUCACUCAACAUGUGCCAAAAGAAACAAUACCAUCCAUAGAAGACUCUGGUGUGUCCUUGACAUCCUCACCAUAUCUGACAUCUUCUGUUACUUUAGAUCUUGAUCAAGAAACACCUUUUGGCUUGAACUCCUUGGAUUCUGAAGUCAAAGAUCAAUUAGAAGUGAGCCCUUCAUUUCCAGAUACAUCCAUGGAAAAAGAGUUCAUAUUUGAGAGUGGUUUAGGUUCAGGAUCUGGGCAAAGGGUGGAUCUGAUUACUUGGCCAUGGAAUGAGUCUUUAUUGGAGAAGAACACUGAACCACUGUCCAAGUCAUGGCUUGAAGAUGAAAAUUCACUUUUGCCAACCGAAGGUAUAGAUGAGAAACUAGUUAUGAAUGACAAAAUGGAUUCCACCUACCAAAUUAUUGAGCAUUCAAAACAUAGGCCUGAGGAUGGAUCCACAAACUUUGCAGAGGAAGAGCCCCUUGGUGGACCUACUGUGCGAAUUUUUGCAGAGUCUGCAACUCAAUCUGCAUCUCUGAAUUUUCCCAAGCACACAUCAGAGGUACCUGACAUUGAUUAUAAUUCAGUUACAAAAGCAUCUGUAGCAAUUUCUGCUUCUACUGAUCACAUAAAUGCCUUCCUGAAAGAGAAUAUAGAGCAAACUACAGAUUUAUCUAGCCCUGAGCAGUUUGACAGCAAGAGUUCAGUGGUAAAACCAGAUAUACAGCCUGUGUGGACCGUAUUGCCAGAAUCAAAUACAAAUGGAGCAAGAACAUCUUCCCUAGAAAAAUUGUCCAGAGACACAUUGGCAAGUACACCACAGAGUCCUGACACAUUCUGGUUAAAAGCUUCCAUGACACAGUCCGCCAAAUUUCCUCCAACCACAAGCCCCACCCUGCUGGAGGAUGAAGUAAUUAUGGGCGUACAGGACAUUUCAUUAGAACUGGAUCGUGUAGGCACAGAUUACUAUCAACCUGAACUAAUCCAAGAGCAAAAUGGCAAGGUCAGUGGUUAUGUGGAAAUGUCUACAAAUAUUAACUCCACAGAGAUGGCUAUUGUGGCUCAGCCCACAAAAGGCGAUGACUUGAGUCACACCCCAACUGCUGGAGCUUUGGUGGUUUUCUUCAGCCUCCGAGUGACUAACAUGAUGUUUUCAGAGGAUCUGUUUAAUAAAAACUCUUUGGAGUAUAAAGCGCUGGAGCAAAGAUUCUUAGAAUUGCUGGUUCCCUACCUCCAGUCAAAUCUCACAGGGUUCCAGAACUUAGAAAUCCUGAACUUCAGAAAUGGCAGUAUUGUGGUGAACAGCCGAAUGAAGUUUGCCGAUUCUGUUCCUCCUAAUGUCAACAAUGCUGUGUACAUGAUUCUCGAAGACUUCUGCACCACUGCCUACCAAACCAUGAACUUGGCUAUUGAUAAAUAUUCCCUUGAUGUGGAAUCAGGUGAUGAAGCCAAUCCUUGCAAGUUUCAGGCCUGCAAUGAAUUUUCUGAGUGUCUGGUUGACCCCUGGAGUGGAGAAGCCAAGUGCAGAUGCUACCCUGGAUACAGGAGUGUGGAUGAAUUGCCUUGUCAGAGUCUCUGUGACCUACAGCCUGACUUCUGCUUGAACGACGGAAAGUGUGACGUUAUGCCCGGGCAUGGGGCCAUUUGUAGAUGCCGGGUGGGUGAGAACUGGUGGUACCGAGGUGAGCACUGUGAGGAGUUUGUGUCUGAGCCCUUGGUCAUAGGCAUCGCCAUAGCCUCUGUGAUUGGACUUCUCCUCGUCUCUUCGAUUGUCAUCUUCUUCCUUGUCAAGACUCUUCAGGCUCAGCAUGUCCCAAGAGAAGGAGAGCGGCCCUUCCGCAGGCAGCCAGACAGCCUCUCAUCCAUUGAGAACGCUGUGAAGUGCAACCCUGCGUAUGAAAGCCGCAAGGCCAGGCGUGAUCAAUAUGAGGAACCCUAUGCUCAGCAUGCCUUCCGCAGCUCUGCUAAGGAAGCAGUGAUUGGUGGUUUGAGCAGAGAAGAAAUCAGACAGAUGUAUGAGAGCACUAACCUUUCCAAAGAGGAAAUUCAAGAGAGAAUGAGAAUUUUGGAACUGUAUGCCAAUGAUCCUGAGUUUGCAGCUUUUGUGAGAGAGCAUCAAAUGGAAGAACUUUGACCCAAACACCCGUUUUGACACUAAUUGGAGCCUACAGAAGAUGGAGACCACUUGUUAUCUAUGUCAUAUCACUCACCUGGAUUUUGAACACUGUUGAGAGAAGAGCUUUCUAUUAAAAAAUUUAGUAUAUGUGGGGCAUACUUUUUUUCCCAGCUUAAAUUUUCAGAAUGUAGUUGAGAUGUGAUGAUUUUUAUUUCUACAAAGACCAAGAACUGUGUUUCCAGAAAUUCAGAGCUGCACUCAUUCUGAAAAGUAUUAUGGAAAAAAAAAGUCAGACCUGAGACAUAAGGCUGCAAUUUCUGUCUGCUUCUGUAUCUUUGAGGGUGUCUCCUAAGAACUGUGCCUCAGGUUUCCCAAUAGGAAAAUAAGGUGAGCCUAUUACAAGGAGUCAAGCUUAGUAAGUCAAUAUUUUGUAUCAUGCUUGUUAUUUUCAAGUUGAAGGGGAAAGACAUUUAUUUAAAUAGAAUGGUUCUUUUUGUUUUUGUACAAACUGCCGAAGAAAAGAACAAUCUUCUGCUGCAAAAUAGAAUUAGGUGUAUAUUUGAUGCUUCUAUCAGGAUUUUGAAUUUCCUGGGCAUAUUUAACGGUAUUAUUUAAUUUCUUCAAUAUCCUAUUUUUUAAGCUUUCCAGAAUAGUACACAUGUAUAACAUUUAGACAGUUGCUAUUAGUAGAAAGAAGAAUUUAAUCACGUGGGCAGGGAGGGAGUGGGUAUGGGAUCAAAGCCACAGCAUAGAUAGCAAGUUUUGCUGAUGGAUUGAUGGACUCAGUUAGUACCAACAGGUUCCCUGACUGCUUCUGAAAUCACAAAAUGUCUUGGACAAAUCCUGGUUCUUCUGUAGUUGCUGGCAUUUUAAUUUGGAAAACAGCACUUCACUACCUCAUGUUAGAUUAGCUCAUUGGUGAUGCUUCUCUUUUGUAUAAUAUCUCCUGUAUAUAUCCCUACUUACACAAAACAAGAUGAGACUUUCAUGGCAAUUAAAACAUUCUUAAAAUUGUAUAAGUUAGAAAAGUUCACACUGUACAUAAAUUUUGACUGAAAAUAGAAGUCAAAAACUCUUCUUUGCUAGUUUUUUUUUUUUUUCUGAAUGGGUAGCUUUGGGAAGGAGCAAGGAGAACGCUAAAUAAUUAAUACAAAAUUGCAUAGGCAGUAGGUUAUUAUUAAUGCAAAUAUAUUAUGUUGGACACCUUCAUAUUGCCAAAAAAAUCUUGAACAUUUUGAUUAAUUUCCUGACUGGAUAUAAUUAACCAGAGGUAGAAUAACUAUAAGAUAAAAUACUUGGUUCACUUAUUUUUCUCAAUUUGAUUACUGCCAAUUUUACUUGUUAUGAGGUCAGCAUAAACUAAAUAUUAGGGCCAGCUACAUGCAUUGUUAACCUAGGGAAAACCAUUAAGCUAUCCAGGCAUUUUGCAAAGUACAUAUGGGUAACAUUGCCCUCCCCUCUCCUCCCCGUGUGUGUGUGUGUGUGUGUGUGUGUGUGUGUGUGUCUGUGUGUGUAUAGCUCCCUAAUCUCCAUUUAAUAUUUCUUUUUGUUCCCUAAUCACAAAAUGGAUCCUCAAGUAGUUUAACAUGGAUACAAGCCAUUGAUGGGAUAUUUUCUUCUAGAUGAAUUUGAAAAAUAAUUGAUAAUUAUUUUAAAAAUAUUUAAGUAUUAUAAAGAUAGUUGUCACUACUAAAUGCUUGAUUUUAUUUGUGAAACUUCCAAAAUUUUCUGCUUAAGAUUUUAAAGUUUUUUCCCCAAAACUUAUUUGUGUUGGAUGAAAUUAGAUGAAAAAAAGUUUUUGUUUGUUUUUAGUCACAAAUUAACCCUAGAAGGCAACUCUUUGAAUGAGUGCUUGCCACCCAUUUGAAUUCUAGGUGGACAUAAAGGUUGUCCAGAGUAGUUCACCAUGUGAAGCACUUAGGAGAAGUACAGACUGAGCCAAAGUAGGAUCAUUGUUUUCCACAAGCCAAGCAGUGAAGAGGGGAUUUGGGAAUUCUGACACACAUCACUAUUUCUGAUUUCCUUUUGCAUGACCUUGUCAUGAAAAAGCAAAUUACUUAGCCCUACAUUAAUGUCUGUUCCAUACCAGUGAAAUGGAAGAGUGAAGGAAUUAAGAAAAAAACAAACAAAACAAAAAAAACCCAGAAGGCCUUAGUUUAGGAAUAAAGAGUUUCAUCUUACCUUUUCUGUAGCUGAACUACAUUGAAAAAGACUGCAAAAUGCAGUUUCCCCAGUAACAAUCCUCUGCUCUGUGAGUAUAAGAGCUUUCCCCAAGACAAUCUAAGUAGUUAUUUUAAAAUCUUAGGCCAGACUCUCAUUUAGGCUGUAUGAAUGAAUAGUUUGAAAUAUUUUGACGAUUGUCAUUAACCUACCAAUAUAAUAUUUAGUAAGACUGUCAACUUAUUUGAAGACAAUAAAAUGCAGUAAAGUACUAAAAAUGUAUGGUAAAUAACUCAAACUUAAUUUUUUUCCAGAUUUAUGAGGUACUAUAGAUUAUUUAGUCUUAUAGAUGCAGCCUCUAUCAUUGAGUUACAUGAUGCUUUUUUCAUGGGUUCUGGGUAAAUGGAAAUUUAUUUGGUAAACAGGGCUCCAUUUUCACCAUUGCAAUGACUGAAGGGUAUUUGUUCACAUUCAUGAGGCCUAACGUCAUAUUUACUUCACACAAUAAGACAAGUGUGGGUUUUACCUGAUUUUAUUUCCACCUCUGUUUUUAAUUCUUCAAUAUUUAGUCAGUCUGGAUCGGCUUCCCACGUCCUGUUUUUUGUUUUGUUUUGUUUUGUGGCUGCGUAGUGAAUCAUAAUGUAGGUGAACAGCGCUGACUUAAUAUUACCUCUGACAAAACAAUGGAAACUACACAAGUAUUUUUUUGUAGACUCUAAAACAUAAAAAUAUGUUCACUUAUAUGAUACCUGAGCUAGUUAUUCAUUUGUGUGCUCAUUUUCUAAGUUUGCCUUUCAUUUCAUCCAACACAAAUAAGUUGGCAGCUGGUACCUUUGUGUCAUUUUCAUGUUUUCAACCAUGGGCACCUUGACGUCUCUCAGUCCUGGAGUGGAUUUCCAUUUUGCAAUGGGAAGGGAAGACAACAUAUUUAUUUCAUAAGGAAACAGCUGAUUUAGGAGAAUAACUUAUCUUUAUUAAAUUGAGAUGUUUUAGCCAAGAAUAAUAUGGGUCAGGUUUUUUUCCCCCUCUAAUAUGUUUCUAACAAUUCCCAGUAGAAACGGGUGGGGCCAAUCUUCUUCAUUUAUAAUCCAGCUGCAGUGAGUCAGGAUCCUUGCUCAUUCUGUUCCCAAAUGUGUGAUAAACGCAGAAAAUUGAUGUGAAGGUCGCAGUCUUCAAGUCUGUUGCAUUGUGUUCCAUAAAGCAUCCUGGCUGGAGGUGGGAAAGUGGGAGAGUACCAUAAUGUAAUUGAUGAUUUAAAGAAUUUGCCUGGAAAUUUUUUUGACCCAUGAGUUUUUAAAACCAUAUACUACUACUCUUAUGAGUUUAAUAAGACAAAGUUAAACCACUCACUCAGGAUAGAUUUAAUCUUUUCCCUCAACUACAUAGCUUUUACUACAGCUGAGAUUAAAUGAUUCCUCAUCCUAUUUUUUCCCCUUUCUUAUAUUUCUUCUUUAGUGAUUAAAGGCAUAUAUAGGAAAAAAUAAUAAUGGUAUCAGAGGAUAUAGGUAUACUUAUAUAUAAAGACUGUGAUUCUUGUGCAAUAGUGUACAACCCUAGUUUAUGUUCAAUGUGGAGUAUGGGUAAUGAAGGAUUUUUCUUUUUCAUCUUACUUAUAAUGAUAUUUUAUCCUAAAUGGGAUCAAAUAAAUUCAUGUUACUGUAUAAUUUUCUUAAAAAUGUCUAGUCUUAAUAUUAGCUAAUUAGAAACAAACAUUUUCUUUACAUUUAUAAAAGUGUCUUUUCUUGUGUAUAUCAGUGUGCUAUUUUCAUUAGUAAUAAACAUGCCUUUCAAGAA